CUGAAAAGGAAGGUGGAACAUGCUUUCAGUUUCUUAUCACACAGGAAGACCAAGAGUGAAAAGCCAUGGCCGACAAGGUCCUGAAGGAGAAGAGGAAGCAGUUUGUCCGUUCAGUGGGCGCGGGCACAAUAAAUGGCUUGCUGGAUGAACUAUUAGAGAAGAAAGUGCUGAACCAGGAGGAGAUGCAGAGAAUAAGAGAUGGAAAUGCUACAGUUAUGGAUAAGGCUCGACUUUUGAUUGACUCUGUCGUUUGGAAAGGGCCCGAGGCAAGCCAAAUACUUGUCAGUCAGAUUUGUGAAGACGACUCCUACCUUGCAAAGAUGCUGGGUCUCUCCUCAGGUCUACAAUCUGAAAAUAUUCCAGACACCCAAGCAGUGAUUCCUUCCUUCCUAGCUCUUCAAGCAAUGCAAAAUAACCCAGCUAAGCCUGAAUUCCAAGGACCAGAAGGGAUCCUCAAGCUUUGCCCCCUGGAAACAGCCCAGAGGAUAUGGAAAGAAAAAUCAGCAGAGAUUUACCCAAUAAUGGAAAGAUCAACUCGCACACGUCUUGCCCUCAUUAUCUGCAACACAGAAUUUGACAUUAUUUCCAGGAGAGAUGGAGCUGAUGCUGAUAUCAGAGGUAUGAAGAUGCUAUUAGAAGGUCUGGGAUACACCGUGAUUGUAAAAGAAAAUCUCACUUCUCUGGAAAUGGUUGAAGAGCUGAAGGCAUUUGCUGCCCGCAAGGAGCACAAGACUUCUGACAGUACUUUUGUGGUGUUCAUGUCUCAUGGUAUUCGGGAUGCCAUUUGUGGGAAGGAAUACUCUGGGAAUGGCUCAGGUGUAUUACACAUCAACACCAUCUUUCAAACUUUGAACACCUUGAACUGUCCAAGUUUGAAGGACAAACCCAAGGUGAUCAUUAUCCAGGCCUGCCGUGGUGAGAACCAAGGGGUUGUGUGGUUAAAAGAUUCAGUAAGAGCUUUUGAAGACAGCGGCUCACAGGCUCCAGAAGAAGAUUUUGAGUGUGAUGCUAUUAAGAAAGCCCAUUUAGAGAAGGAUUUUAUUGCUUUCUGUUCUUCAACGCCAGAUAAUGUUUCUUGGAGACAUCCCACACAGGGCUCUCUUUUUAUUAUGAAACUCAUCAAACAUGUGCAAGAAUACGCCUGGUGUUGUGACCUGGAGGACAUUUUCCGAAAGGUCCGAUUUUCAUUUGACCUACCAGAUGGUAAGGCACAGAUGCCCACCGCUGAAAGAGUGACAUUAACAAGAUGUUUCUACCUCUUUCCGGGACAUUAAAAUAAGAAACCAGGAGUUUUGCCGUUCUGCACCUGUUUUUGGAAUCAUGUCUGCGGGACACACAUUUCUUGAACCAUUCCAAUAAAUCUGAAAUGAAAAUGAAA